AUGUCCCGCCUGCUGCAUGCAGAAGAGUGGGCUGAGGCAAAAGAGUUGGGGGACCACCAUCGCCACCCCCAGCCGCACCACGUCCCGCAGCUGACGCCACAGCCACCUGCUACCUUGCAGGCAAGAGACCAUCCUGUCUACCCAGCAGAACUGUCCCUCCUGGAUAGCACCGACCCACGCGCCUGGCUGACUCCCACUUUGCAGGGCCUCUGCACGGCACGCGCCGCCCAGUAUCUGCUGCAUUCUCCGGAGCUGGGAGUCUCCGAGGCCGCGGCGCCCCGGGACGAGGCUGACAGCCAGGGUGAGCUGGUAAGGAGGAGCGGCUGUGGUGGCCUCAGCAAGAGCCCCGGGCCGGUGAAAGUGCGGGAACAGCUGUGCAAGCUGAAGGGCGGGGUCGUAGUAGACGAGCUGGGCUGCAGCCGCCAGCGAGCCCCUUCCAGCAAACAGGUGAAUGGGGUACAGAAGCAAAGGCGACUGGCAGCGAACGCAAGGGAGAGGCGCAGGAUGCAUGGGCUGAACCACGCCUUCGAUCAGCUGCGCAACGUUAUCCCGUCCUUCAACAACGACAAGAAGCUGUCCAAAUAUGAGACCCUGCAGAUGGCCCAGAUCUACAUCAAUGCUCUGUCGGAGUUGCUGCAGACUCCCAGUGUCGGAGAGCAGCCACCGCCACCGGCAGCCUCCUGUAAAACUGACCACCAUCACCUUCGCGCCGCCUCCUAUGAGGGAGGUGCGGGCGCCUCUGCGGUAGCUGGGGCUCAGCCAGCCCCGGGAGGGGGCCCGAGACCUACCCCUCCCGGGCCUUGCCGGACUCGCUUCUCCGCCCCAGCUUCUUCCGGGGGUUACUCGGUGCAGCUGGACGCUUUACACUUCCCAGCUUUCGAGGACAGGGCCCUAACGGCGAUGAUGGCACAGAAGGACCUGUCGUCUUCACUGCCCGGGGGCAUCCUGCAGCCGGUACAGGAGGACAGCAGCAAAACUUCUCCCAGGUCCCACAGAAGUGAUGGAGAAUUUUCCCCCCAUUCUCAUUACAGUGACUCUGAUGAGGCCAGUUAG